CUGGCCUCGAGGAGCUCGCGGGGUCUAGGGGGAGACGGACGGGCGGGGGCCGUGCGACCCUGUCGAGUGGGCGUCAGGUGCCCGUGGCAGCUGUAGUGAGGAGACCCGCCCCACCGGCUCCGACCGCCGACCCGGGUCCCGCAAGCCCUGCUUUUGCUCCAUCCCUCCACCCCUCGCCGGUCCUCCUCCCCUCCCCAGCAGACCGGCGCUUGGGGGCCAUCUCGCGUGGCGCCAGCCCGAACUACCAGGCACGGACCACGCAGACGGCAAGCGUGACGACACGCUCGGUCGACAUUCCGUUGGGUUCCCUAGCCGGGAGCAUGGGUCCAUAUCUCGGAAUCUCGUCAAAGCCCCAAGUUGCUACUAGGUUACACUGCUGUUCGAGCGCGGAGGAGGCGUACUUGAGGAGGCGGGGUGGCAGGCCACUGCAGGACCUCAACUGCCCAGUCCUCGAGGGUCUUUAUAUCACGGAACCCAAGACCAUUCAGGAACUGCUGUGUAGCCCCUCGAAGUACCGCUUGGAAAUCCUGGAGUGGAUGUGUAUUCGGGUCUGCCCCUCCUGGCAGGACAAGUUCAGCUCACUAAAGGGGGCCCCAGUCGAGGUGAAGAUCCAAGAAUGGGAAAAGAUAGGGGAGGAAUUGGUUUUGUGUGCGCCCUUCCCUGCCCAGGGCCGGGCCUGCGCCCAGAAGCAGUUGCGCUUCCUGAACCAGCUGCUGGACGGCGUUCAGAGCCUGUCUGCCGGAUGCUUCAGCUGCUCCAGUGUGCAGGAGCACUUAGAGGAUACCGCAGAGAAGAACGAGGGGCUUCUGGGGGAGUUCUUCUCCAGCCCUCACCUGCAGAUGCUCCUGAGUCCCGAGUGUGCGCCACAGCCCCGGGACAUUCAGCCCUUCCUCGGGCAGCAGAGCGGUGACUGGCAGAGGGCCAGCUCCUCUGAUGAGUUGGAGGAGGAGAAGGUGAUGGAACUGGCCAGGCAGCUGCAGGAGAGUGCCGCCAAGCUGCGGGUGCUCACAGUGGAGCGUCAACAAGAGGGCGCCGCGAGCGGGGUCGACACCAGCACCCUGGACCAGAAGCUGCGCUUGGUCAUCUCUGACUUCCGCCAGCUCGUCGUGGCUUUCCUCCAAGUGUACGACGACGAGCUGGGGGAGUGCUGCCAGCGCCCGGGACCCUGCCUCCACCCGUGUGGCCCCAUCGUGCAGGCUGUGUACCAGACCCUCACUUCGUGCAGCCAACUGCUGAGGGCUGUCAUGCAGAUCGCUGACACUGCCGCAGAAUCCGUGGAAAUGGCGAAGAGGCAUCAGACCGAGUCCGGAUGGUGGAGCAGCAGCGCCCUCAUGAGUCUAGCCACAAAAAUGGAUGAGCUAACUGAGAAAUACAAGCUCUUCAGUGACAGUGUGAAAGCCGCUGACGGGGCUGUUCCCGCAGAGCUGGGGGCUGUGACUGCUUCUCCUGCCAGGGCUGGCCCUGCACCCCCCACUCCCCCUCCUCAGGGCAGGAGCCUCGGGUUCCAAGAAGCCUCCUCCUGACUGCC